CGGAGGCAAGCUUAAACAUUCAGUCGAAAUUCAGCACCGAACGCGCAAGCUUUACGAAAAGCUGGUAGAAAAGAUUUAUGAAGAACGAUUCAUUUUCGUUCAGUGAAGUUAAAUACAAAACUAUGUUUUAGCCAGAAAAUAAACACAAAACGUACGGCUAAUAACGUUGCGAAAAAGAAUAGGCCAACUUGAAAAAAAAAAGCACAAAAAUUUCAUCAACAAAAAAAAAAUGAAAUAAUAGUAACGUGUGGCAAGAGAAAAGAGAUAAAGUGAAAAAGCAUGUGAACUUGUUGGGGCACAGCAACAUCAACAAUAACAAAAACAACAAAAUAGUUUAUGCUCCAGCAACAAAAACAACACACAAAAAAAAACAGCAAGAAGAGCAAUAAGAAAUUUACGUGGCAGGUGUGUAGAAGCGCAUUCCACAGAUUGUACAUAAUCUAUAUAUUAUAUGGGACAAGGGAACCGAACCAGCGACUAAAUCAUUUUUCAAGUGCUGCAGUUGAUCCCGAUGAGAAGAUGCCAAUUGAUUUUGAUUUUCGCAAAUUAUAACGAGACAUUUAUAUGAUUUGAUAUCUGGGCGAAAAAAUUCGCCAUCAGAGACAGCAGAAUAUAACCGGCGGACCAGGCGACAAGGUCAUAUCGAUUGUCAUCAGCUGCUGUCGGCAACCGAGCUACCCAACAAGCACCCCCCUUUUUUUUUUGGAAGAAAGCAAACAGAGGGCAAGGAACAUGCCGAGCUUGCACAAGCCAAGGAGGUGCAUGCACCAGAUGCUAAUAAUAUAUGGACUAAUAUUUGUAUCCAGUGCAACGACACUUGACCAGAAGCCAAGUCCGUGUGACUCGAUUAAGUGCCCGCCGGAAUCGGAGAUUCAAUGCCCGGCGGACAGCUCGAUACGCGAGAAUCUGGACCUGAUUAAGUCGAAUGCGGUGGACUUGCCGCCGGAAGUUGACCACCAGCAGCUGCAGGUAUUAUACAACAAUAACACUGAGGAAAUCUCCCAGGCGGACCUCGAGCGAUGCUGUUUGGCACACAAGUGUGUGUGCAAAACCUGCUACAUACCGGACUGCAAUCCGGACAAGGACGAGGUGGUGGUAGAGCUGGUGCCGGAGGAUCCGCAUACCCCGGGCCACUGUUGCGGCAAGUACGAGUGUCGACCGGCGCCGAGUUGCACGGCGGAAACCGAAAUGAAAUAUUUCUGGCGGGAACGGUGCCAGAAAUGCCAGUGUGUGUCCGGCUCGAAGAUUUGCCACCAGGUCUGCGACGAGGAGUCCAUCGCCGAGGAGGGUGCCCCGCACUCCUUCUGCGAAUCGAAGAGCCUGAACAAGUUCUUCGAGAACGGCGAGUCCUGGGUGGAUAACUGCGAGAUGUGCGAGUGUGUGCGCGGUGAGCCCAAGUGCAGCAUCACCCUCUGCGGCACCUACAACUGCCCCCUGGAGCGGCAGGUGAAGCUGAACAACACCUGUUGUCCGGUGUGCUGGCCCGAAGGUGAGCCCAUGCCAAAUGAGACUGCCACCGAUGGCAGUGGCAGUGUAAUUGAGGACUACAAGGACCCGGAUUCGGAAGACAUCGAGGGUGAUGAUCUGCCGCCUUUGUUGCCUGAUCUCGAAACCACUCAGCACACUGGCGACUUGAUAGCCAGCACCACCACUUCAACUAGUACCAGUACUGAUACCAGUACAUCCACGACUACUAGCACUGCUAGUCCCAGCACCUUAGUUGGACCAGUCCCUGUGGCUCCAGUCGCCACCAUCUGCCACUGCGCCUUCGAUGCACCCAACGUGGUGGAGGUCCGCCAUCAGUCCAACUGCCUCACCUACGGGCUAGUAGCCUACUCGGCUCUAUCCACGAUCGUCCUCGUGGCCAUGAGCAUUUACAUUUACACGCAGCGUGCCAAAAAACGUUCCUACGAUCCGGUCUCCAUUCUGGAUCACAGCAUCUAAGCGACCACCACUUGAUACACUCGAUAAGAUUACGAAAACGAAAGUCAAAUUUUGAGAAUGUACUACAUAGAAAAUUUCUCUAGGGUCUAGAGUCUAGACUAAGUAAUCCUCCUUUUCAAAAACCUCUUUUUGUUAUGUGCUUUUCUAGUGAGGCCAAAAUUUCGAAAUGAAAAUUCCUAAAAGUCCUAGUCUAGGAUACUAUUUUUUCAAGGGCCUUCUUAAUCCUUGCCUUUCUUUGUUUUUUUUUUUUUGGUAUUGAUCUCAUUUUAAUUUUUCACUUUUCCUUUGCAAAAACAAAAAGAACGAUCCCUCAAAUUACGAAAAGAAAUGAUAUAAUAAGCCACGAGCUUCCGCAGCAACAAAUUCAAAGUAUUCUUAUGAAAUUACGCAAAAAAAACAUAAAAAAUAUUUAAAAUAGCAAACAAAUGAAGAGUUACUAUUAAAAAAACAAGAGCAAAUCUAUGUAUAUGUAUAUAAUUCUGCUUCGAUGGAAUAUCAAACUUUUUUUUAAACAUAAUUAUUCGUUUUUAAGAGAACUAUAAUACCAAAUCAUAUUUAAAAAGCGAGUAAAUGCGAAAAAAACACACACACAUGGUCGCUAAUUGUCGUUUUAGUUGUUAGUUGUAGUUGUUAAUUUAGGAAGUAUGUGAUAUAUAUGCUAAUUAGCUUACAUAUGUAAUUUGUCAACCAAGGCACGCUGCUGUUUUGAAAGAAGAGAUGAUGAGAAAAAACAGUAUUUGCAACACAAGACCCCGAACAUACCCCCGGACAGAAAUGGAACGAGUCCGGCCCAAGUCGAAUCAGAGAAGGAGGUUCAACUCUAGCUAAUGUCAUAACGUUGCCACAUUAAUGUAUACUACAUGAAAACCUUUAUUUAAAUUUAUGUUUUAAAAUAAACCAAAAUUGGUAUGCAAAGCGACAAAACCAAUUAAA